UUGUUCGCGCCGGGGGCGGCGGUGAGCGGAGAUCGCCCCGGGGCGCAAGGCUGGCGGCUCACGGUGACCCUCAGCCGGUCAGACUUCGAGGCGCUGGAGGAAGCGCUCGCAGACCAUGCGGACGCCGUGGUGGCCGAGACGGUGUCGGCGGCGCAUCCGGCCCGCGAUGCGCUGUCGGACGAAUUGCGCGCCACCUUGUUCGGCACCGCCCCGGCGGCCGACGAUCCAAGGCCCGCGCGGCUGCUGGCGCUGCUCCGCACAGCCGGCGUGGCGCCCGACGGCACGGCCGUCGAGCCCGUGCGCCCGGCCGAUUGGGAAGCGAAGUCCCUGGCCUCCUUUCCGCCGGUUGCCGUCGGCCGCUUCACGAUUCACGGCGGGCACGAAACGGCCACCCGCAGGCGCUUCGCGCUCUCCAUCGACGCCGGCCCCGCAUUCGGCUCCGGCCGCCACGAGACGACGCAAGGCUGCCUGCUCGCGCUCGACUGGCUGGCUCGCCGCCGGCGGGUGCGCCGUGCAUUCGACAUCGGCACAGGCUCCGGAAUCCUCGCCGUGGCAGCCGCGCGCCUCUGGCCGGCACAGGUGCUCGCUCUCGAUAGCGACCCCAUGGCGGUGGCCUGCCGCGCGCGAGACGGUGCGGCAGAACGCGCUCUCCCGCCGCGUGUCGGUGGUUCAGGGCGAGGGCUUCCGCCUGCGUAG